CCCGAGUAAAAUUGGGCUUUCGUCCGAAUAUAUACACAUCCAAUCGGAAUCCAGACAUAGAUGGUGAUGUGAGAUGGUCCGGGCACCAGGGAAGCAGAAAUCCACCAGAUUGGUGUUACUGUGUGUGGGACUGUUAGGGUUUGGCGUUAUCGCUAAUUAUAUCUGGGCGUCUUCUCCCCUUCUCUCCAAGUGGUCUGCUGUUGAUAAUUCUUUCACCAAAUUAAUAAUCCCCAGAGAGGAAGAUCCAGUUCAGGAUGCUACAUUACCACCCUUUAAGGGAGAAGCUGACAAAGAAAAGAAGAAGAAGAAAAGCAAAGAUAAGGAUGUUCCUGACAGAUUCCUAUCAGCAACAUUUGCUGAUUUGCCUGCACCAGAAUUAAAAUGGGAGAAAAUGGCUCCUGCACCUGUGCCGCGUCUAGAUGGGGCUGCAAUACAGAUUAAGAAUCUUCUAUACGUGUUUGCUGGAUAUGGAACAAUCGAUUAUGUGCAUUCUCAUGUUGAUAUUUACAAUUUUACGGAUAACACAUGGGGAGGGAGAUUUGAUAUGCCUAAAGAAAUGGCACAUUCACACUUGGGAAUGGUGACAGAUGGUAGAUACAUUUAUGUUGUCACAGGACAAUAUGGUCCACAAUGUAGAGGGCCAACAGCUCGUACAUUUGUGUUAGAUACUAAGACAAAGCAAUGGCAGGAUAUGCCACCUCUACCAGCACCUAGAUAUGCACCUGCUACUCAACUUUGGAGAGGUAGACUCCAUGUGAUGGGUGGCAGCAAGGAAAAUCGGCACACUUCAGGAGUGGAGCAUUGGAGUCUUGCUGUAAAGGAUGGCAAAGCGUUAGAAAAUGAGUGGAGGACAGAGAUACCGAUACCUCAUGGACGUGGAGGCCCUCAUAGGGCUUGUAUUGUGGUUGAUGAUCGGCUUUUUAUCAUUGGCGGUCAAGAAGGAGAUUUUAUGGCAAAACCUGGAUCACCUAUUUUCAAGUGCUCACGUAGGAAUGAGGUAGUAUAUGACAAUGUUUACAUGCUGGAUGAUGACAUGAAGUGGAAAGUUUUACCUCCCAUGCCAAAGCCUGAUUCUCACAUUGAAUUUGCUUGGGUGAUUGUUAAUAAUUCCAUUGUUAUUUCUGGAGGCACCACAGAGAAACACCCCAUAACUAAAAAGAUGGUCCUGGUUGGUGAAGUCUUCCAGUUUAACCUAGGCACACUGAAGUGGUCAGUCAUUGGCAAACUUCCAUUUCGUGUGAAAACUACACUGGUUGGAUUCUGGAAUGGAUGGCUGUAUUUUACCUCUGGACAGCGAGACAGAGGUCCAGAUGAUCCAACACCUAAGAAGGUCAUUGGAGAUGUGUGGAGAACGAAAUUGAAACUAAACUCAUGAUCAUUAGUAUUAUUAAUACUCUUUGCAUUGAUUUUCAAUCAUUUCUAAUCUUUUGUCUUGUAAGAUUAAAUAUAAUUUUUUUGCCAGUUUUGUCUUUUGAUUUAUAAUUUUCUUUUCCAGGUAAAAGGAACGAGGGGAGAGUAUAGUUUCUCCCUGCUGGCUUGUAUAAACUUCAUAAUGUUUUCAUUCGAGUAAAAUUGAAGUUGGUUUUCGUUUUAA